AUGCUGGCUUCCUCCUCAGAACCUUUGUAUGAAGCUGACGUGGACUUUGUGGAUGAGAAUCAUAUUGAUGCAUUUGCAACUGCUUUAGUAUGGGAUCAUGCUCAUGACGAAGACAACACUACAACUACCCACGAAAGCCACAAUCUUCUGACGUCUUCAUUACCGUCAGCCACGUCUGAUGUGUACACUACGGGAGCUGCGGCCGUGGAUCCGGCAGUAGCAGCUGUACCAAUCCCAACACCAUCAACAUCAACUCCUCCACCACCACAACUCAUCUCAUCCAAAUCAGAUUGGUAUCCAAUAAAUCAUCCUCUGACCACAAAAACUAUAAACUCUUCUUCAACCGGUGCAUACACGUCUGGACGUUCAGGGCACAGAUCAAAGAAGAAGAAGAGUCUGACCAAGUCAGGGGACAACAAAAAGAUAUUCUCGAAAAUGUUGAGAAAUGAAUUCAGAUCUAGUGCCACAUAUACACUUUUAAGAUGGCCCAUUCUUAUAUUGGUACUCUCAUGGAUGCUGUUUCUAACUUGGUGUUACAUGUGGAUCCGUGCUUAUGUGGCACUUUCUGAAUAUUUCCUUACAUGGGUUGGUAAAAGAAGAGUCAUUCGUGAUAAACUUCGCCGUUCCACCAAUUAUGAAGAAUGGGUGGAAACAGCAAAGGAAUUAGAUGAAUUUCUUCAUUUAGAUAAAUGGUCUAAGAACCCAAAGUUCCUGUACUAUGACUAUAGAACAGUGAAACUUACUAUGAAUAGAUUAAGAUCUUUAAGAGAACUGGCUAAAGAUGAUGCUGAACUUAUUGUUGUUCUUCAAGGGUGUCUCAAAAAGAAUUUUGCCGGGAUUGAAAACAGGCAAUUGUAUUCUCAUCGUUAUUAUGGUACCAAGGAUUUGGUUAGUCAAUAUAUUGAUGAGGUUGUUUUAUGUAUUGAUCAUGUUACCAAAUCCUCUUUACUCAAUCAUGACACUAAGAAAAAGUUUUUCAAAUUCGUUCUGAAAAAUUAUGGUAAAUCAGCGUUAUGUUUGAGUGGAGGUGCUUGUUUUGCCUAUACUCAUUUUGGUAUAGUGAAGGCAUUGUUAGACAAUGAUUUAUUACCUAGUAUUAUAUCUGGAACAUCUGGUGGUGGGAUUGUCGCUUCAUUGGCAUGUACUAGAACUGAUGCAGAACUUAAGAAAUUGUUGGUUCCAAAGUUAGCAUCGAAAAUCACUGCAUGUGAAGACCCAUGGUGGGUUUGGAUUCCAAGAUGGUGGAAAACUGGUGCAAGAUUUGAUUCUGUGGCAUGGGCUAGGAAGGCUAAUUUUUUCACUAGAGGUUCCACUACAUUUUUAGAAGCAUUUCAAAGAACUGGGAGAAAAUUGAAUAUUUCUACAGUUCCGGCAGAUCCACAUUCUCCAGUUAUCUUGUGUAACAGUGUCACUUCACCUAAUUGUAUUAUUUGGUCAUCUUUAUUGGCAUCAUCAGCAGUCCCUGGGAUUUUAAACCCAGUAGUUUUAAUGAUGAAAAAACCACACAAUGAAGAUGUUGUACCAUUUUCAUUGGGGAAUAAAUGGAGAGAUGGUUCAUUAAGAACAGAUAUACCAUUAGAAUCACUUAAUACUUAUUAUAAUGUGAAUUUUUCCAUUGUAUCACAAGUGAAUCCACAUAUUCUGUUGUUUUUCUUUGCUCCAAAGGGAACUGUUGGAAGACCUGUGGCAAGUCCAAGACAUGUCACUCGUAAAGAAAAAUAUGCAUCACUUCGAGGAGGAUUUGUAGCAACCGCCUUAGAACAACUUUUAAAAUUGGAAAUCACUAAAUGGUUACAAAUGAUUAAAACACUUGAUCUUUUACCUCAUUUCUUUGAACAAGACUGGCUGAAUAUUUGGUUACAAAGAUUUAGUGGAUCAAUAACUAUAUGGCCAAAGAUAAGAUUUUUGGAUUUAUAUAACAUUUUAAGUGAUCCAAGUGAAGAUCAAUUGGAAGAAAUGAUCUUGAAAGGUGAAAGAUGUAUUUUCCCUAGUUUAUUAUUUAUCAAACAUCGACUUAGUAUUGAAAGAGCGAUUGAAAAUGGGCGGAAAAGUUGCAAAACAAUUAAUAGAGUUUCAAAUCCAUUGGCUAACGUUAACAAUGCGUUUGAAAUUUCAUCUGCUACAAGCAGAGGUACUGAAGCAUAUAAUGAAACACUUACUGGAUUUGCAAACUAUGAUGAUGAUAAUGAUACUGAUACAAGUGAUGAAAUCGAUGCCGAAUCAGCAUUCAAUUUAGGACCUUCUAAUGGUUACGGAUUUUUGAAUGUUGAUGAUGAUGAUGAUGAUGAAGACGAUGAUGAAUAUAUCCCAUCGACGGAAGAUUUUGAUGAAGAUGAUGAUGCAACUGCUGAUGAUAGCGAUACAGCCACCGAUGGGAGUUAUGAAGUUCACGAAGAUGCAGAUACAGGAUUGUUUCUGUCGAUUUUCAGAAGAGCUUCAACCGGUAGUAACAGGCUUACUAGACGUAAUACUAUCUAUUAG